CUAUCAUAUUUCGCACACCACUUGCACUCUCAACCUACCAACCACGACCAAGGGUACCUGUAGUGUCAAACUUUGAGACUCAGGCGCAUCACAUCUGACAGCAGCCAUCCGCGCCUCACACCCUGGCUAUUCUUCUCACUCUGGCUGCUUCAUUUUGCUCAGAGAACUAUAUAUCGCUGGAGCGCAAAAAAGGAAAAGGGGGAAAACAACGAGGAAAAGCGCAUCACAUGAUAUGAAGGCAACCACAACCACAACCGCCGCAACAGCAGCGAAAACAACACCCAACGAAGAAACAACCCCAAUCGCAACCCUCGUCUCCGUCCUCGCCAUCCUCGACAGCUUCAACCACCGCAACAAGAAUCAGCACCGUGUAGCCCGCUGGUGGUCCGCCUUUGACCUACUCCGCCGCGUCGUCCGGCGCCUGCACGACGUCCUCGAGGCCCAGGCCCGUCACCGCCGCGCCCUCAGCUUCAAGUCAAAGUCUCCUUCCUCGUCCUCCUCGAAAAAGUCUGCCGUAGCCGCUGGGAGUAAAUCCGUCAGCAGCGCAGAACGUCGUCAGAAUGCGCUGGACGAAGAUUUUGCUGCUAGGGUGCGGAUGCUGCUAGAUUCCACCAUCCCCUCGUCCUUUUCAGCCUUUACACAACUAGCAGCAGACAACCAACACGCAGCCCUAGGUCUGGUUCUAAUAGGUCUUCUAGCACGCAUCAACUCCGUCGUCACACUCCUGGCACCUACUCCCGCUCCUCGGGAAAAGGCCACACCAGCAGGCGAUGUCACAACUACCUCUUCAUCAUCUUCAACAAACAAGGGUGCUACUGCUGUCGCUGUGGCAGAUGAGAGACAUCACCAGCAGCAGCAGCAAUCCGAUUCAAAAGGUCUCGGCGUGGCCAUCUCUCGGGACCAACUCAGGCUAGCUGCGAAAACUUCAGAUCACCACCCCUUAACAUCUUCAUCAACACCACGAAAUUUUGAUGGAGCAUCAGCUGCCAUCUCCCCAAAGAAGCGCAAGUUGGCGAGUGUGCCUCCUCUUGAAAUUAAAUCUAGCAGGCCAGCAAAGGAGGAAAAGCCAGUAAAGAAGAAGAAAAAGGCAAAAAAGACGGACGACUUUUCCGAUUUAUUCAGUUCCCUCAUGUAGACAUUCACAUAACAAAGAUUCCCCAAUGAUACCAAACAAUACAUCAUAUAGAGAUAAGAGUCGUA